UGUUUACAGAUUUUGCAGUGCGAGUUCGUUCUUAACGUCACGUCAGAUUUUAUACCGACAAAUUACUAUGUAAAAGGUGUGUUAUUAAGUUUUUGAAAUCUAGUGCAACGAUACAAAUGUCAUAAGCCUUGAUUUUUAAAUAUUCAAUACGGCACGACGGCACGCGAUAACGUCUGAAAAAAAGGCCGGGGGCUCAUUCAACUCAGUAGUGCUAAAUUUUACAAGGGUCGCCAUUUUGUCCGGAGAAGGCCCGGUCGGGUGAAUGUGAAAAGGGUGAAAAAAAAUAGGCUCACUGUGAUCACCACAGUUAUUCAUUCAAGUCGCGUAGAUAAUGUAGGUAUAGAUAUUAUUUAAUGUCAGUGAAUGAGCUAAAUGCUUGUUGGCGGUGCGACACUCUUAGAUCAAGAAAUUUUAGAGACAUUGGAGAAAAGUAAAGAUAAUACAUAGAAUGACGAUCGCUACAAGAGGCCAAGGGGGAGUUGACAUUGAUCCUUCCGAAAACCAGCAGAAUCCACAGAUGCAUGGUCCACCGAGUUCUCAGGAAUUGGUAGAGACAAUGUCUGGCCUUCAGUUAACUGAGACAACAAUAAAAACGGAGAGUGGAGGCGAGAUUGGCACCUCCGCCGAGGAGGGAAAUCAACAACGUUCGGAGCCCGAUUUCCCACACGCAAAGCUCGCAACAUUAGAUGAAAAAAUAUCUAGUCCGAGAUGGGUUGUGCCAGUCUUACCUGAACAAGAGUUAGAAUGCUUACUACAAGCCAGCAUCGAUCUCUGUAAAAAGGGAAUUGAUGUACAGAGCGAAGCAUGUCAACGCUUUUUUCGUGAGGGACUUACUAUUUCAUUCACGAAAAUUCUCACCGAUGAUGCUGUUAACAGCUGGAAAUUAAAUAUUCAUAGUUGCAUUAACGCAAAUUGCGAACGUUUAGUGGAACUUUGUGUUUUAAAAUUGGAUGAGGACUGGUUUCCUCUUCUCGAUCUUCUCGCAAUGGUCUUUAAUCCAAAUAACAAAUUUCAUACUUUUAAUGCGGCGAGAGGUUCGGAAACAGUUCCUCCAGGAAGCAAUAUUCCUGAUGAGAAACUUUAUGCUCGUCCCCCUUCGGAUUCACGAAAUCCUCGCGGAUGGCUGGUAGAUUUAAUAAAUAGAUUCGGUGCACUAAAUGGUUUUGUUAUUCUAUUGAAAAGAUUUCAAAGUGGACGAAAUCUAACAGUACCGGUUAUAUUUACAUUACUUCGGCCAUUUGGUCUUUGUCAUGAAUUUUUAACAGUACAUACAAUAGAGAAAUAUUUAAUGCCCAUUAUUGAAAUGGUGCCAGUGAUAUUGGAUAAUUUAACAGAUGAGGAACUUAAGAAAGAAGCAAAAAAAGAAUCUAAUAACGAUGCAAUAUCAGCGAUAAUAAAAGGCACUAAAUGUUUAGUUUCACGUGUACCACAUCAGGAGGAUAUGAUUAAAAAUCUUGAAAUAUUAAGACUGAAAAUGAUAUUAAGGCUUUUACAAAUUUCAUCAUUUAAUGGAAAAAUGAAUGCUUUAAAUGAAGUUAAUAAAGUGAUUGCAAGUGUUAGUUAUUAUCCACAUCGUAAUCCAUCAUUAGAGGAAGAAGAAUGGCUCACUGCUGAACGAAUGGCGAAAUGGAUUAAAGAUAAUUCGGUACUUGAGAUUGUUCUUCGUGAUUCGUUGCAUCAACCGCAGUAUGUGGAAAAAUUGGAAAAAAUUUUACGCUUUAUUAUAAAGGAGCGUGCAUUAACUCUUCAAGAUUUAGACGCUGUUUGGGCAGCACAAGCUGGAAAACAUGAAGCUAUUGUUAAAAAUGUACAUGAUCUAUUAGCAAAGUUGGCCUGGGAUUUUAGUCCCGAACAACUUGAUCAUCUUUUUGAAUGUUUUCAGUCGAGUUGGAGAACUGCCAAUAAAAAGCAACGAGAGAAACUUUUAGAGUUGAUUCGUAGACUCGCUGAAGACGAUAAGGAUGGAGUUAUGGCACACAAGGUAUUGAUGCUCUUUUGGAAUUUGGCACAUUCUGACGAAGUUCCAACGGAAAUUAUGGAUCAAGCUUUAAAUGCUCAUGUUAAGAUUUUGGAUUAUUCUUGCUCGCAGGAGCGUGAUGCACAGAAAACAACUUGGCUCGAUAAAUGUGUGGAAGAAUUAAAAAGUGGCGAUAAAUGGGCACUUCCGGCUUUAAAACAAAUUCGCGAAAUUUGCUGUUUAUAUGAGCCUAAUCCAAAUAUGGGACACAGUCAACGUAGUCAUCAUGCUUUUUACAGACAAGAGGUGAUUGAACGUCUACAAAAUCAGCACACUGUUGUAAUUCUAGUAACGAAUAGUUUAACAUCUUAUAUGGAAAAAGUGAGACAGUUGGUGAAAGAAAAUCCGGAAAUUGACGCUAAUACCUUUAUGCCCGAUAAUCGAUAUAAUCACAUAAUGCAGGUUCAAGAGAGACUCAAUUUUUUAAGAUUUCUGCUAAAGGAUGGACAAUUGUGGUUGUGCGCUGAACAGGCAAAACAAAUAUGGCAAUGUUUAGCAAAACAAGCGGUAUUCACAUCAGAUCGUGAGGCAUGUUUUAAAUGGUUUUCAAAAUUAAUGGGCGAAGAACCAGAUUUAGAUCCAUCGAUAAAUAAAGAUUUUUUUGAAAAUAAUAUCCUACAAUUGGAUCCAACAUUAUUGACAGAAAGUGGAAUAAAAUGUUUUGAAAGAUUUUUUAAAGCAGUAAAUUCAAAGGAAGGUAAAUUAAAAUUAAAAAGAAGAACUUUUUUAAUGGACGAUGUUGAUUUAAUUGGCACUGAAUAUUUAUGGCGUGUUGUCACUAAUAGUCCAGAGGAAAUAGCAAAUCGUGGAAUUGAAUUAUUAAAAGAAGUUAAUACAAAUUUAGGACCAAGAUUACAAUCAUCGAUUCUUGUUUUUCAUGAGUCAUAUAUUGCCGAAUGUAUGGAUCGUUUAAAAGUUCAUUUUGAUGCUGUUACAAUUUUAAAUAAACUAUUUCUCGAUGGAAAUGACGAUCGUCUUGAGCAACGUGUCACUGAAAUAAAAAUAGAAGCAAUGAAAAUGUGUCGCGUUAUGAAAGUAUUACAGGAAUAUAUUAAUGAAUGUGAUACGGCAUUUACGGGUGAGAGGAAAAUUUUACCAUUACAUCGUGCGGCGCGUGGAAAAAAUUUAGGGCUUGUUAUUCGUUUUGUUAAUCCUGGAAGAAGUGCUGAUGAUGUUGAUAUUCUUACGCACAGUAAUGAUACAUUGGCAUCAUUGAGAAGGCAAAUUUUACGAAGAAUCAAAGCAAGUGGUUCGAAUGUGAAACUUGAUCUUUUUAUUAAUGGAGAAUCAUUGGAGCAGGCUGACGAUCGUAAAUUACUUUCACAAAUACCAUUGAGAGAUAAAAUGACACUGUCAGCGAAAUUAAGUCAAGUUAAUACAAAUGUUCCGAGUUCACCUGACAGUAGUUCGGACAGUUCAACGAGUUCGCCAUACGAUGCACCAAAUUUGGGAGCGGAAAAUAAUUUACCAGGCGUUGUUAUGUCACAAAGAUCACAAUAUACGACAUUUUUCUUUCAAUUAGCCGAUUUAGGUUGUAAUUUACAGCUUGCACAAUUGCGUGAUGGCGCUAGAAAUUUAUUGCAAUUGGUACCGCCCGAUCAACUCACUGUUACAAGAUUACAAUGGCUUUUUAGUCAUUAUAUGGAUAAUGAACCAUCGCAAAAUCCUCAUUGUAAUGAACAAGCAACGAGUGUUGAUACAUUAUUUUUUACCGCGAGUCCCAGUCAAGUUUUAUACAAUUUAGAAGUGUUGUAUACAUUAUUGAUGCCGGCAUUAGAUCCAAUGUCAGAGCGUGCAAAUAAUUUUCAAAAUAAUUUUAUAAAAAGUGGUGAGGCUGGAGUGAUACUUGAAAUGUUGACGAAAAAUAAAUUUCUCCCUAAUGCCGAUGAGACAACAAAAAGAUCGGCUUAUUUGACUGUUUUAAAAUUAUGUAAAUUAUUAUUGACUGUCAUUGGUAAUGUUGUUGUACUUACACUUGACGAUGAGGAGCAGACAAAUUUUUCUGAAAAUCGUGAACGUGAUCAUCAAUUUUUAAAACAUAAAAAAGCAAUAACUGUUUUAAAACAAUCAUUACAAAAUGUCACUAAUCAUAGUACGGAAUAUAUGUUGAGAAAUGUUGCCGCAAAUUUAGGUGAAGUUUUAGCAAUGAAAUUAGUGAUUGGUAAUUUGGGAACUGAACGUUGUCAACAAUUAUUUAAACAAGCUGUUCGAUGGGAAUUGCCCGAUAUUGCGACAAUAAGAGCAAUUAUUCGUCUUGCUUGGGCGGCAUCGACGGGUAAUUUAAAUAAUAUUAAUGCAACAACUGAGGAACUUCACGCGCAACAUGAAAUCAAUCAAAGGGAACAAAGAUCACCGGAUAAUAAUGAUGUUCUAGUGUGCAAGGAAGCUUUGGAGGUAUUAACAAUAGCAUUGGUUCUUAAUCCAUCGGCAUUGGAAACAUUAACAAAUUUGGAAAGAAUGUGGCAGACAUUUUUCAUUGAUAUGGUUUUAUUAAGUACAUCGAGAAUAGUUCGAAUAGCGGCUGCUGAACAAUUUCUUUUAAUAUCAACAUGGUGUAGCAGUGGACAUCAGCCAUUACAAUUUGCCAUUACACUUUUAUUUACAGUUUUAAAAACAACAGUAAUGGAAAAUGCAAAACAAAGUCAUGAAUAUUUUCAAUUACUUUGUCGUCUUUUAAAUUAUGCCGAUAUGUCAUCGUGUCCAAUUACAACUGUUGAAAAUCUUUUAAAUAUUGAAAUAAUAUGGUUGAAAAAAAUACGUGACAAUGUUAAAGAAACAGGUGAUACACAAAUUGAUGAAGCCGUUCUUGAAGGACAUCUUGGUAUUACUAAGGAGUUAUUGUCAUUUUUACCGCCGAGUAAAAAAUACGAACUUGGCUCUGAUGAAACACGUGGCAUCAAUUUAAUAAAAGAACUCGUUGAGGAUUUCAUUUUUCCCGCUUCGCGUUCAAUGCUUCAAUUACGAAGUACAGGCGAAUUAAAUAGAUUGCAAGCGUGUCCAGUUUGUACAACGCCACAAACAAUGAGCGCCGCAUUUGAUUUACUCGUUAGCCUUUGUUUUGGUUGUGUUCCAAAUAUGAAACUUCUAGUCACAAUGCUCACUGAAAUGUUUUAUUCUGAUAAAGAUGAACCAUUAUGCGAGUGGGAUUAUAUGCCACCAGUGGGACCACGGCCAAUUAAAGGUUUUGUUGGUUUAAAAAAUGCCGGUGCAACAUGUUAUAUGAAUUCAGUGUUACAACAACUUUAUAUGGUUGAAAGUAUUCGUAUUGGACUAUUGGCUGCUGAGGGUGCGGCUAUUGAUUUAAAUGAAGAUUUCUCAGGUGAUGAGAGAAUUGAAAGCGAUCAGACAAUCGAAACAAAUGAUAAUGAUAGUAAUGAAGAAAAAUGUGGUGCCGAUGAAUCACGUAAAGAAUACAAUAUUGGAAUUCUUAAGCAAGUGCAGGCAAUUUUUGGACAUUUGGCCUACAGUAAACUUCAAUACUAUAUACCACGUGGCCUUUGGAAACAUUUUAAACUUCAAGGUGAACCCGUUAAUCUUAGAGAACAACAGGACGCAGUAGAAUUUUUUAUGAGUCUAGUAGAAAGUUUAGAUGAGGCGCUAAAAGCAUUGGGACAUGAACAAAUAAUGGGAAAAAUACUCGGAGGUUCUUAUAGUGAUCAGAAAAUUUGUAAAGGCUGUCCCCAUAGAUAUUCUAAAGAAGAACCGUUUAGCGUAAUAAGUGUCGAUAUUAGAAAUCACUCAAAUUUAUUAGAUUCUUUAGAGCAAUACGUGAAAGGAGAGCUUCUUGAAGGCGCGGAUGCUUAUCAUUGUGAUAAGUGCAACAAAAAAGUUGUCACUGUGAAAAGGUUGUGUGUGAAAAAAUUACCACCGGUUCUAGCAAUUCAAUUAAAAAGAUUCGAAUACGAUUUCGAACGUGUUUGCGCAAUUAAAUUUAAUGAUUAUUUUGAAUUCCCGCGAGACUUGGAUAUGGAACCUUAUACUGUUUCGGGUCUUGCAAAACUCGAAGGAGAGGUAAUAGACUACGAUUAUGAAGAGGCGGCUAAAGGAACAUGUACAAAGUACCAAUUAAGCGGUAUUGUCGUUCAUAGUGGACAAGCCAGUGGAGGCCAUUAUUAUUCUUACAUUUUACAUAGACAAAAUGAUGGCACAGCCAAAUGGUAUAAAUUUGACGAUGGCGAUGUAAUGGAAUGUAAAAUGGAAGAGGAAGAAGAAAUGAAAUCACAAUGUUUUGGUGGUGAUUAUAUGGGAGAAGUUUUUGAUCAUAUGUUGAAAAAAAUGAGUUACAGAAGGCAAAAGCGAUGGUGGAAUGCCUAUAUGCUUUUUUAUACGAGACUAGACGUGGAACCAAACUGCCUUACGAAAAGUGUUAACGAAUUGUCACUUUAUACUAAAUUAGGAGUAACAAAAAUGCCACCAGCAAUCGAGUACAGUGUUAGAAAACAGAAUAUUAAAUUUAUGCACAACAGAAAUCAAUUUAAUUCUGAAUAUUUUCAGUUUAUUAGAAAACUUGUUGCGUGCAAUACAACAUAUAAUAGACAAAGUCCCAAUGAUAAACUGAGUUCUGAAAUUGAGGAAUUAGAUAUGCUCUCUGUUCAAUUGGAGUCAAGAUUUCUUUUUUACACGGGUUUUCAUACUAAAAAAAGUCUACGUGGUAAUGCAGCUGAUUGGUACGAUAUUCUGUGCCUUCAUUUGAGAAAUAGCAAAGAUGCUCGCGCAUGGUUUGCUCACAACAUUCUAUUCAGUCAUCCACACAGAUUUUGCGAGUAUCUUUUAAGUUGUCCGAGUACUGAGGUGAGAACAGCAUUUUUGAAAACAAUCGUUUUGCUAGCACAUUUUUCACUUCAAGACGGUCCAUGCGGACCUCCUAUUCUCAAUGCGCCUUCAAUACUCUACGAUCCAAAUGCAACGUUGAGUGAUCAUUUGUUGCAUUCAGUGCUUUCGUUAUUGCAUCGAGAAAUUUCCGAUCAUGGACGUCAUCUUCCUCAUUAUUUUACGUUAUUUCACACAUACGCCACACUUGGUUUAAACGAAAAAGCUCAGCUUCUUAAGCUCAACGUGCCAGUAACGUUUAUGUUGGUGGCAAUUGAUGAAGGUCCAGGUCCGACAAUAAAAUAUCAAUAUCCUGAAUUAACGAAACUUCAUCAAGUUGUCAGUAUGCUUAUUCGAUGCUGUGAUGUUUCUUCAAAAACACGAUCGAGUCACAAUACAUUGCCUCUGCCAAAUCCAUAUGGCGAUAAGGAUUGUCAAUCGGAAUAUAUUAUGCCAAUUCAAUCGCAAGCCGAAGAAAUUCUUUUCUCAAGAACGAGUUAUAUAAAGAAAUUAAUAGAAGACGCAAAUGUAACGGAAGAUACAGUGAAACUAUUGCAGUAUUGUUGUUGGGAAAAUCCUCACUUAUCACGAUCUGUUUUAAGUGAAUUACUUUGGCAAAUUGGAUAUGCUUAUACACAUGAGCUUAGACAUCAUACAGAUCUUCUUCUCGCUAUGUUACUAAUGGAAGAUUCGUGGCAAAAUCACAGGGUUCACAAUGCUCUCAAAGGUGUUCCUGAGGAACGAGAAGGUUUAUUUGAAACUAUUCAAAGAAGUAAAAAUCAUUAUCAAAAGCGUGCAUAUCAGUGUAUCAAGUGUAUGGUGCAAUUAUUUAGUAAAUGCAGACCAGCGCACGCUGUUCUCCAAGGGAAUCAGGAUUUAAAAAGAAAAUGGGUACACGCCAUCGACUGGCUUCAAGAUGAACUCGACAAGCAGCGACCGUAUACAUCAGCGGCACCAUAUACACACGCCUAUAAUCAUGGCUGGUCACCGCCAACACAAUCAAAUGAAUCGACGAAUGGCUAUUUUUUAGAGCGUAGUAAUAGCGCAAAGAAAACAUUGGAACGUGCUUUUGAACUUUGUCCAGAGGAUGAACAAGAAGUUGAAGAACCAAAUGAAGAAUGUGUCGAUGAUACAGAAAGAACACAGGAUUCUGAACGAAAUCGUGAACUACGAAUUCAAUUUGAAUCAAAAAAUUUCCGUGGUGGUGAUGAAAUGGAAAAUGAAAGAAGCCGUGGACAACAACAGCAACAGCAGCAGCAACAACAUCAACAACAACAACAACAACAGCAGCAGCAACAGUCAAUUCAAUUUGAUUCGAAAAAUUAUCGUAGCACUGAAUCGGAAGGUGAACGUAGUCAAGGACCACAUUUUGUUGGUAUUAAUUAUCGUGCUGGUGAAUCAAGCGAGGAAUCAGAGGGUGAACAAAAUAUGACGACAACAACAUCAAAACAAAGGAGAGAUCGACUUCCAAAGAUUUAUGGACCUCGUGGUACUACGAGAGUUAUGAAGGAUUUAUCAUCGUGUCCAGUCGUAACGAGAUUUCAAAUCGAAGUGACGGAGGGCGAGGAAAUGCAGGAGAAUCAACAACAAUCGCAACCGGGACCUUCGCCGAUUCACAAAACAUUUUCACAUGCACCUCCAAAUUGUGAUUCAGCCCAAUGGGAAAGAACUCCCAUUGAUUGAACUUGAUAAAUAUUUUUUACCUAAAGGAAUAUCAUCAAUAUUUGGUUUAACGUCGUAAUUUAUUCUUGGCGGACAACCAUAUGGUAACGUAUAAUUUUUUUUUUCUUGUGCUGUGCAAAACAAAAAAAAAAAAUCACUUGUGUUUUUUCAUCGCGAAAAAAACUGUGACAAUGAACAAGAAUAAAAAAAAAAAGAAAGAGAAAGAGAGGUAAAGAAAGGAAGAAAAAAAACGGUUGUAUAAAUGUAUAGCGAAUAGUGUUAUCAUUCACACUGCUAAAUAAGAAAAGGACUAAAAAUAAGCACGAUUCUCCGUACACUUAUGUAAAUGUGAACAUAUUGUUAUUAUAAUAAAAAAUACUUGAAUAGAUUUUCUAAAUAUCUUGAAAAGGCCAAAGGCUUUUGAGGAAAAAAAAAGCACCGCUUUGUUGCCGUAGCACAUGAAUCUUUCUAAUUGAACACAGAAAAAUAAAAACCGGAAAAAAAACACCCGUCAAUUUUGUACUUAAAAAAAAAAACGAGCGGUCGAAAUUUUCCUUUGAAAAUGACAUUUCUUCGUGUUUUCUAUCUUAUAUUUUUUUUCUUUCAAUCGUUUCAAAAAAAAAAAAAAAAUCGCGGCGCGAGAGUUGUCAGAUGUUGUUAAGAAUUUAAAUUUUAUCUAAGAAGAAAAAAAAAUGACAGUCGAGAAUAAUAAUUUCAUUUUUUUUCGCAAGUAUUUUUGAGGGAAUAAUGUUGUUACCGGAGCUAUGGUUGCGUUUUUUUGUUUUUUUUUUUUGUUUUUUUUUUCAAAAAAAAAAGCGCAAAUUUUUGACUGUCAAUUGACCAUGGCUCUGAUUUAAUUUAUAACGUAUGUUAUAUAUAGAAUAUUAUAUAAAUAUGUAAUUCUAUAAUUAUCAAUUGAAAAACGAAGUCAUGUAAUAUUGCAAAAAGGCAAAGUGAAACGUAUUUGGUAAAAAAAAACACAAAGUUCGUGCUAAAAAAAAAGUCAUCUAAUAAAAAGAAAUCAUCUUAAAAAAAAAAAACACCAGGAAUUUUUAAAAUCACGAACAUUAUUCGAUAAUUGCUAAAUCCACGCGCAUCCGGUAUCCCUAAAAUAUCGAGAAAAAAAGCCUCAUUUCGAUAUUUGUAUGUAAAUACACAACCGCUUUUUAUAUGUGAUAAAAAAUAAAUAAAUAAAUAAAAAAAAA